GUGGAUAAAUUCCACUCCCUGCACUGUCGAGUUAGGAACGCAGCAAGAAUGCAUUCUUUGAUGUCUUUCAGACAUUCCAUUGGUUUUCCAAGCACAGCCGGGCUCAAGCUCCCGAGGGUCUCCAUGGCAGCUGGUGGUCCCAAUGCAAGCCAAGUAGGGCGAGUGGGAGGCCAGAGGAAAGCGAGUUCCAUUGCCAAGAGCGACGGAUGGUGGAGUAGAGAUAAGAGACCAGCAGCCAAUGACCCUCCUAUCCAUCCUUUCAUGGUGGAAACCUCUGAUGAGGAAAUACAGGACCUCCACGCAAGGCUGGACAAGGCCCGAAUCUCUCCUCCUCUGGAGGACGCCGGCUUCCACUACGGCUUCAACCCCGAGUACCUCAGGAAAGUGAUCUCCUACUGGAGGCACCAGUUUGACUGGGCGAAGCAAGUUAACGUCCUGAACCGCUACCCACACUUCAAAACAAAAAUCGAGGGCUUAAAUGUACAUUUUGUCCACUGCAAGCCAUUUGCUGCCGCUACUGGCCAGCUUGGGAAACCCCUGAUGCUGCUGCAUGGCUGGCCUGGUUCUUUUUAUGAGUUUUAUUGGAUGCUGCCACUCCUGCUGACCAUUCAGGAUGACCUGGCCUUCGAAGUCAUCUGCCCCUCUAUUCCUGGCUACGGCUACUCUGAUGCCCCAGAGCUUGAAGGAUUCAACACUCUGGAUGCAGCUCGAGUAUUUCUAAAGCUGAUGGAGCGUCUGGGCUAUUCCGAGUUCUACUUGCAGGGUGGUGACUGGGGCUCCAUCAUCGCCACCAACAUGGCUCAAAUGAAACCAGACUGUGUGAAGGGCCUCCAUCUCAACAUGUUUCCCGUUUCCAAUGCAAACCUGGUCGUGCUGCUGUCUCUGCUAUUGGGCUCCCACUUCCCCUCUCUAGUGGGCUUCAGCCAGGAGGAUGUCAACCGCCUCUACCCCUACAUACAGAAGAAUGUCUUCUCCAUGCUGAGGGAGACCGGCUACCUGCACAUCCAGGCAACAAAACCAGACACAGCGGGGUGCGGGUUGAAUGACUCUCCUGUUGGCUUGGCUGCUUACAUCCUAGAGAAGUUUUCCAGCUGGACUGACCCUCAGAAUGUGCAUCUUCUUGAUGGAGGACUCGAGAGGAAAUUCAGCCUUGAUGACCUCCUCACUAUUGUCAUGAUCUAUUGGACUAUGGGUUCCAUAGUGCCUUCAAUGCGCUUUUACAAAGAGAACUUCAAAGAAGGCCUUUGGAAAAGGGAGGACGCCAGGACAAGCGUAUACGUGCCCACCGGGCUGGCCGCCUUCCCAGAGGACCUGCUCCACUGCCCACCCCUGUGGGCUCGGCAGAAAUACAAGAACAUUAUGUCCUACUCAUAUAUGCCCCGUGGAGGACACUUCGCUGCCCUGGAGGAGCCACAGCUCCUGGCUGAUGAUAUCCGGCAAUUUGUGGCUAAAGUGGAGGCUCUGAAGAAAUAGACUUUGAACACCUUAAAAUAUGUGUCGGCACAUUUCAGACCCCGUUUUGCAAUAGGAAAGAAACGAUUACACUUAUGAGGGGUCACCGUGAACAACCAUCAUAUCUUAACUAGCACUACUGUAUUCUAUUUUCAAUGAUUUUGUUUAGUUUUUAUUUGAUUUGCUGUUGUAUUAUCAGUACUUCAUCCUUUCUUCACUCCAACUCUGACAAUUUGAGAAUAAAAUUAUAACAC